AUGGACAAGUGGAAGAACAUACCGCUUACAAAGGAAGAGGAGGAAGGGAUUACUGCAGCGGCGAAGGAGGUCAGUGGUGAGGAGGUUUUUCAGAGGACUCUAGCGGGCAGACUUUGGACAACAACUGGCUUUAACUCCAGAGCUUUCACAACAACAAUCAUUGGAGCUUGGAAACUGAAGAAUGGGGUGGAAGUGCAAGAGUUAAACAAAAAUCUUUUUCUCUUCAGGUUUGCAACAAAAAGGGAAAUGGAGUGGGUUCUCCGAAGCGGCCCAUGGAGCUUUGAUAGGCAUCUCCUAGUGUUGGAUAGAGUCUCCGGUGAAGAACAACCUUCGAAUCUUAACAUGCAUUUUGGGACUUUCUGGACUCGAGUCUAUGACCUUCCACUGAUGCUACGAUCUGAGACAAUGGCGCGGAAGCUUGGGCAGAUCUUAGGUACUUUUGAGGAAAUAGACAUGAAAGAGGGUAACAGAAGUGGGAGAUUUCUCAGGAUUCGGGUUACAAUUGAUUUGAACAACCCACUCAAGAGGGGGAAAGUGGUUCGAUUUAAGGACAAAACACACAGGGUGCAUUUCAAAUACGAGAGGCUCCCUACUUUCUGCUUCAUCUGCGGAAGGAUUGGCCAUCAACUCAAAGACUGUGAAGCCUUGGGAGAUUUGAGUGAAGAUGGCUUUGAAGAUCUCGACGAACAAGAGUUGUCCCAUGGAAUGUGGUUGAGAGCGUCCCCACUGCCAAAAGUCUUUGAAGACCAGAAGUCCAAGGAAGGAAGUUCAGGAACGUGUAGUAGAAGCUUGUUCCAAGUUUCUUCAAGCCAAAGCAGAUGCAGCACGAACGGGAAGGAGAAAGAAAAAGAUGAUGAGGAGAUUGAAGUGACACAGAUGAGGAAUCCACUAAGCAAAGAAAAGGAGAAGAAAGGAGUUAAUGAAGGGGAGAAGGAAAAGGAUAACCAAGCGAUAGAGAAUGUUGCAGAAUCUUUGGGAGCAGUUAUAAUUUCAGAAUCAGACAAGCUCAACCCCCAACAACCAACAGCAGCAAUGGCCAAAAAGAAGAAGUGGAGUAGGAAGAAACCAGAAAAGAAGAUAGUGGGGGGAAGUGAAAGUAGAGAAGCAACAGAUCAAGGAAAAAGACAACUUGUAGAAGUGCCAAUCAAGGAAGUCUCAACUGAAGAGAUUGGCCAAUUAAGCAAGAAAAGGAGGCAGCCGGAGGGAGGAGAAACAAUUAACAUCUUUGUACCAGAGGUGGUGUUGGAAACCCAACACCGCCUACCCCAAUGA